GGUAGUCUGGUAGUGCGAUUUCUGAUCCAGUGAUCGGUUAAACUAGUGCCAGUAGCCUAGUGUUGAAGUGUGGUGGACGGGUGUUGUUUAUAAAUUCACAAAUCUGUUGGCCUGCUGCUCAUCUGACCAGGGCACGUCUGUGCCUGGAAAUAGCAGCUGUCGCCUGGUCGUGCACCACCGAUAUGAGCUUAAACUGGUUUAAAGGUCGCAAAAGUCUUCCAGCGGAAAAGGACGUUGCCAGAGAAUAUAUAAAAAUACAACAUGCGGAAGAAGCAAGUAAAAGACUCUUUAAAGAUGGUAAAAAAUUAUCAGACGCUACAGUUGUAGCUGGAAGAGCUGCUACAAAAGUUGGAUCAGACUUUAACACAUUAACAGGAGAGAAUGAAUGUGGUAAUAUUCUGAAGAAAACAAUGAGUGAUUGUGGGAGGAUGACUCAAGAUAAAAAUCAGCUAAUCCAGAAGACAUUGGUUGAUCCCAUGAAGAAAUAUAAUUCAAUUUUUCCACAUCUCAACUCGCAGAUAAAAUCACACGAAAAGUGUCAGCAAGAAUACAAAAGAUUACAGGCAAAAGUUGAUAAAUUAAAUGAAAAGGAAGAAACUGGAUCAAAUUUGGUGAAAAAGCAAAAUUUGAAAAAAGACCUCACACCUGUAAAGGAUGAAUUUGAAGCAAAGCACUCUAUGCUUCUUGAUGAGUUUCCUGCUUUUUAUAACAGCAGAUUACAGUAUUUACAACCUCUGUUUGAAUCUCUUGUAUUGACACAGUCCUGGCAUCACAAUGAAUUGAAUAAAUUAUUUAACACUGCACUCAACGAUCUUACAAAUGGAGAACCAGAACGAGAUCUGGAAGAAGACGUCAGGGAAACAUUGGAGCAAAUCAGAGCGUUGAGUAUAACUCAAGACUGAACACUAAACCGCAUACAUUAGGUUCGAACUAUAUGCUGCCAACCCUAUUUUAUGAAAUAGUAGUAUGUAUAAUGUAUUUAUCAAUUUUUAUUUGUCCUCGCAUACAUAAUGAGACAUCCGUAUUUGAAUAUUUUCUAUUCAAUCGUUUUAUUAAUACCAGAUAUUAUAUAGAUGUGUUAUGCAUCUGGCUCAAGCUACAGUUUACAUUUUUACAACCUGAUAUUGAUGUGAGUGUGACACAAAACAUCAUCUCGUUGUCAGACUUAAUUUAAAAAUGUAUAUUGGGAUAUUUGAAAAAAAUUGGAUUGUUUUGCGCUCCUACUUCGAUACUGAAUUGUGUUUACCUUGGCGGACUUUUUUAUACUGCUUCAGAGUGCUACUAUUUUAUUUUUGUAGGCGUUGAUUAAUAAUCUAAUCAUUGGUGUCGUCGUAUUCAUAUAAUCGUGCUUAUUAAUCUUUUACCUUCAGUUUUUUUUAUUGUAUUAGAGAUGUAUAUUUUAAUUUCUAAAAUUCUUGGACUGAAUUACCAGAUAAUUUUACCUUUUUACAGCUAAUAUUGAUAUAGAUUAAUUAUUGGUGCUGCUAGCAGUUAUUCUAAAGAAAAAAUUAUAUUUUUAAUCUUGUUUUUAAAAUUGUAUGUUUUUUGACCUUCAUUCACUCCUGUAGGCAGUUUUGAAAAUGAAAUUAUACAUUAUAUUAACAACUGAUGCUUACAAAAGUCGCUUUUUGAAUAUUCGCUUUGAAUAUCAUUCAUCAUAAAAAUAAUCCCUACUCAACAAGAAUUUAGCAAAGCUCUUUGUUGGUCUGCUAAAUUCAAACCUUAAGAUUUGAUGCAUUGAAUAUUUGGCAAGUUGUCUCCAUUCAGCUGAUUGUAGUAAAUUAUGAAUAUGUUUCGACUGCUAAUUUCAAGGCGUUAUGUUUCAUGAUUAAUUUUCAUUCUUGCAAUAAAUCAGAGCUAAAUAAGUCUCUGAAAUAUCAGUCUUUUCAUCGUUUGUCAAGUAAGAUAUUUGCUACUACAAAAUGGAUCCAAUCAGUGAAGUCGUUUCAUUGUCAGUUUAUAUAUUCUUCAGUAAUCCAUUAAAAAGGUUCUUUAUUUUUUUAAUGUUGAAUAUUUUGAUAAUCUGAUCUUUUAAUCUCUCAAUACUUGUUUUUUGAUGCUUCCCUCAUCCAAUUUUUGUUUUUAACCAAAAGUUGUAUAAAAUCCCUCCUGCUUUAGGACAUCUGUAUAUUGGUAAAGAUGUACUUGCGAGUACGAAAACCAUGCCAUCGUUUAUUUUAUUUUGAAAAAUGAGUAAAAAAUUUUGAUGUACUUCAUUAUACUUUAUAAACAAGUGUGAACCUUUUGAAUGCUCCCUCAAAUGAGCUAUUAUGAUAUAGAUAUUUUAUUGUGAUUAUUAUAAUUCUUUUGUAUAUGUAAUUGAUAAUAAAAACACUGGUUGAUAA